CACGGAGCAUCACUUCUUCCCUCACCGCCGCAGCAAGAGGACCACUCACUCCCGCACGCCCCUCACCUGCCAAGCCUUACCUGCUCACACACACACCUGGGACCCUUCACCUCUACACCUCUCCCCCAACAAGCAACAAGAUGGGCUGUGCUCCGCGACGUGUGGUGGUCCUGGCCCUCCUCCUUGGGUUGACUAACGCCGCCUACUUGAACGGCGGAGGAAACGGCGGAGGAAACGGAGGCGGCUUCGGAGGAAACGGAGGAGGCUUUGGAGGAGGAGGAAACGGCGGGUAUGGCGGGAACGGCGGCGGCGGCGGCGGAGGAGGAGGCAACGGAGGAGGAUACGGAGGAAACGGCGGAGGAAACGGAGGAGGCUUCGGCGGUGGAGGAAACGGCGGUGGCUAUGGAGGCAACGGCGGUGGAAACGGAGGAUUUGGAGGCAACGGAGGAGGAGGAUAUGGUGGCAACGGAGGUGGAGGAAACGGAGGAGGAAACGGAGACCUAGGCUCGGCCAUCGGAGGAGGAGGAACCCCCGGCGUGGACUACCCGAUCCUCUCCGAAGUCCCCGACACCGGCUUCACCUGCGAGGGAAGGACGCCCGGAUACUACGCCGACACCGCUCAGGAGGCCGGCUGUCAGGCGUUCUACAUCUGCCAAUUCGACGGGCGGCAGGACGGCUUCCUCUGCCCCAACGGAACCAUCUUCAACCAGCAGUACUUCGUGUGCGACUGGUGGUACAACUUCGACUGCGCCACCGCCGAGCAAUUCUACGAACUCAACGCCAACAUCGGAGUGACGAACGGCGGCAACGGCGGCAACGGCGGCGGCAACGGUGGUUAUGGCAACGGCAACGGCGGCAACGGUGGUGGUGGAUAUAGCAACGGAAACGGAGGUGGAAAUGGCUUCGGUAACGGCGGUGGCACUCCAUCCAACACCUACGGCACUCCACGCAACGGCAACGGCGGUGGAAACGGCGGGAACGGCGGCUAUGGUGGCAGGAACGGCAACGGUGGUGGCGGCAACGGCGGCUACAGCAACGGGAAUGGGAACGGCAACGGGAACGGGAACUUGCAGGCUCCCUCAGCGCUUUACCAGACCCCGGGGAAGUGAUGUGGAGGCACGCACGUACGCACACACCCACCGGUACACGCCAGCGGGACGGACGAACACAACGGCAGGCAAACAGCAACAGAACGAAACAAUAAUGAAGACAAAUUUUAGAUCUCAGAGUAAACAAUAGGAAAAAAAGAUAUUACAACGCGAUAAACAAUAACGAAGAUAGAUUUUAGAACUCAAAGUAAACAAUAAUGAAGAAAGAUUUUAGAACGCGAUAAACUAUAUAAUAAAGACAGAUUUUGAACUCUCGUAAACAAUAAUGCAGGAAGAUUUUGGAACGCAAAGUAAACAAUAUUGAGGAAAUAUUUUACAACUCUCAUCAACGCCAAUAGAGAAAGAUUUUAGAACUUAGAGUAAUCAAUAUUGUGGAAAGAUUUUAGAACUAGUGAACCCCGAGAGAAAGAUUUUAAAGCUCAAAGUAAACAAUAUUGAGGAAAGAUUUUUGAACGCAAGUAAAUAUUAAUGCAAAAAAUAUUUAAGAGAAUAUCAAAGUCUCACUAUGAACACCACCUAUUUAUUUACUUGAUGGGUGGAUGUUUAUUGAAUUGGUCUCAGGAUUAGGGAGUUUUUUUUAUUUUUAUUUAAUUGUAUCAGUUGUUGUUGUUGUUGUUGUUGCUGUUGUUGUUGUUGUUCCUGCUCGCCGGCGUGAACGAAACGAGAGAGAAUACGAUUACUUAAUUAAUUUAACGAGUUAAUCCAUAUUUAUACGUAACAUUUAUGCUGUGUAAAUAGCUUCUCAAUGUACGAAAAUGAUCACCCUCUCUCUCUCUCUCUCUCUCUCUCUCUCUCUCUCUCUCUCUCUCUCUCUCUCUCUCUCUCUCUC